UGUAUUCCCCACCUGUGUUUGUCACUGCCGAGUCUGCCUGGUUAUUUGCUUUUGAUCUAGGCUUUUCAGUUGAUUUGGAAUGAUUGCUUAUACCAAAGAUGAUAGGUGGAUCAAAAAGACUGUUUGAACUGCGGGGUACCAUUAAUAUGGAGAAGUAUAAUUUCAAGAUCACUUUCAUCGCUAAAUCAUCAAUAUGGCAUUGUGCUCUGAAUCAUGAGUAGUUGAAUUUCUUGUGCUGGUUGAAUAUUGCUUAAUGCAAACAUCCAUAUCGCUGUCAGCUCAAUCAGCAUAUUCAAGCAUAUUAGAAGCCCAAACGCUCCUUCAUUGGUGCGGGUCAAACGUUGCCGACUAACUGUUUUCUCUUUCUUUUAUGAUGUAUUGCAGCAAGUCCAUGCAGGUGGAAGAGAUUAUAAACAUUGAUAUAAAGGCAGGAUGGAAAAAAGGCACCAAGAUCACAUUCACCGAGAAAGGCAAUGAGCAGCCAGGCAUCAUUCCUGCUGACCUGGUUUUCGUCAUUGAUGAGAAGCCACAUCGUGUGUUCACACGAGAUGGAAAUGACUUGGUCGUCUCGCAAAAGAUCUCAUUGGCAGAGGCGCUGACCGGCUACACUGCCCAUCUCACAACCUUGGAUGGGAGAAACUUGACUAUUCCGGUCAAAAACGUGAUUCAUCCGACGUAUGAGGAAGUUGUCACCGGGGAAGGGAUGCCAAUCCCUAAAGAUCCCCCGAGGAGAGGAAACUUGAGGAUCAAGUUCAGUAUCAGGUUCCCUGCACGGCUAACCUCAGAGCAGAAGGCUGGCAUCAAGAAGCUCUUUGGCGCUUGAGGAAGAAACAGGCAUAUGAUUGUGAAUAUUCCAAAUCUACAUUCUUGUUUUGAGAGCUACUUUGUUUGUUUACUUAUGGUUUGGGGUAGCUCAGAGCAUGUAGUAGUGCAAAUCCUGGACCGAUCUGUGGCGAUACAAUUUGGUGGCUGAUUAGCGCUACUUCAUGUUUUUCAUCAAUAAAUGGGUCCUUGUCUG